UGUCUUUGACUGCAGGAUUUUGUACAGUAGGCGACACUUCUAAGAGUAUUUGUACCAAAUUUCACAGCUGCUGUGCGGCUGACAAUGGUUGUGAGAUGCGACACUAACUGCUGUAGAACCAGUCCAUACUGAUAAGAGUCGUAAACAAGUCCAAAUAUAGUGCUGAAAGGCAUUGGUCAAAUUUGACCUUGUGCGCUAACCCUGUGCGCUACCGGUAGUGCUAACGUUAGCUAGCUUGCUGGCUAAUGCUAUGCAGCAAAAGUGCCAAAGCCUGACCAAUUGCAAUAAAUGUUGAAACCAUAAAUAAAUAGCCGACAGUGUCAAAUAUUUAGUUACAUUAGCAACGUCCCAAAAUAUAUUUUGUUUAAAUGGCACCCUAUCAGUAUUAGGAAAAACGCUUUUUUCUCUUCUGGACUUUCGAAUACUUAUCUCGCGCUUCGUGAGUCUUGAAGCCAUCGUUCGAUCACCGACAGAAAUCAGCGAGGCAAGUAAAUCAUGUCAUUACUGCCUAAAAUAGUAACGUUACGCGACAGAGGGAGGGUCUUACUCCAUGACCAGUUCAAGUGUAUUUCCGCCAAGAUGUCUUCAUCCUCUGGUAAGAGACUUCGGGUUCUGGUGGACAUGGAUGGCGUCAUUGCAGACUUCGAAGGGGGAUUCCUGAAGAAAUACCGGGCCAGGUACCCCAAUGAACCGUACAUCACCCUGGAGGACAGACGAGGAUUCUGGGUUUCGUCUCAGUAUGGGAACUUGAGGAGUGACCUGUGUGAGAAGGCCAUCAGCAUUUGGGAGUCAAAGGACUUCUUUAUAGAGCUGGAGCCCCUUCCUGGAGGAGUGCAGGCCGUCAAGGAGAUGGCUAAGAUGGAGAACACAGAUGUCUUUAUUUGCACCAGCCCUAUAAAACAUUAUAUACACUGCCCAUAUGAGAAGUAUGCCUGGAUAGAGAAGCACCUGGGCUAUGAUUUCUUGGACCAGAUCAUCCUAACCAGAGACAAGACUGUGGUGACUGGGGACGUCCUCAUAGAUGACAAGCCAGACAUCCUCGGUGUAGAGCCUAACCCAAGCUGGGAGCACAUCCUAUUUACUACCUGCCACAACAAGCACAUACUUCCCAGCUCCAGCCACCGGCGCCUGCUCUCCUGGGCAGAUGACUGGAGGGGCAUCCUGGAGGACAAGAGGCUCUGAGCCCCCCUCAUACACACGUCAACCUCUCCUUCUCCACCCUGAUUACCUACACUGUAUUGGGGUACAAAGGGUGAAUACCUCCACUAAUACACCACAGUCAAUCUCGAACUUGAAGUUUAGGGUUCUACUGUACCUUAUUUAGCCAAUGUCAGAGAAUAUUAAUGUUUUACCACUAGGGGGCACACAUCGACUGAAGCAUGAUGUAGAAAUACUGAAAAUGAUUGCACUGAAAGACCAGCAACAAUAUUGAGUAGAGAGUAAAUGCAGAGUUUACUGUUUUGACUCACUCUUUAUAGUUGUAUAAGACUAUUAUUAGUUGUUCCUUCUACAUAUUUUGUUUGUAUGUUGACCAGGACAUUGGCCAUAGGGCCAUACAGUUUUGUUUCACAUGUACUGUAUAGGAGUGACUCCAUUUUGUAAAUGUUGUGUUCCAACAUUGUGCCAACAUGGAUCAAAUUGUACCCUAUAUAUUAUUUUCUCAACUUAGUUUAGCUAGAUUUUUUAAAGUGUUUUAAAGCAUCCACCAAUCCACAGGCAAGUAUUGAGAAUGACAGAUAUGACUAGGUUGCAUGAUAUAAACUUAAUGUCUACAGAUUUAAAACACAGAUUUAGAAAAAGUGAAUAUACCUUAUUUAAAAGAAUAUAUAAAUUAUAUAUCAAAUGUAUUAUAAAGACAUGCUAAACCUUACUAUUUUAUUUCAAAUUUUAACAUUAUGUAAUCGAUUUGCAUUAGUCUUAUGUGUCUUAUUGUUUGAGACAAGAAAAUGGUUGACUGAGAAAAAGAUCAUAGCAUAUUACACCUCAAAGUAUCCAAUACGCUCUGCUGUGAAUAUGGUCAAGCUCUUCCAUCAAAACAAAUGUAUUCUUUUGAUAAGUGUCUUUACAGGCCUUAAAGUAUAUUCACAAAGCAACCUAACGUAGCAGGCGUAGCAAGACACCUGAGCGGACUCCCCACGUUUUUCAGGGGAAACGGAAGUUUAGUUGAAGAUACUGUAUCCCUGAAAACCAGAAACAUCCACGUGCUGCUGACUCCGCGGAGAGUGUUCACAAAGUGGUCCAGUGAAGAAGUAAUACUUACACCGAGCUGAAUGUCUCUAGCCUUUUGUACAAUUUUUCAAAACAGUUGAAAUUGGUGCUAAUGUUGUUCGUUGCUAGUUCACCUAUUGUGAGUAUCCCUUACCCCAGUGAUUCACAUAGAGGGCAUAGCUAGCUCUGGCCUGACGUAUAUAGAGGCCCACAAUGGAGGUGUCAUAAUACCAAUAAAACCUAGCGGUCAAACAGGGAAAUGGUUCCAAUUGUUUUUCGACCAUACAUUUUUCCCGUAGUGGAUUUUAGAAAUGCUUAAAAUAAGGGUUGUUUCGUGUAGGCUUACCUUGGCGUGACGUUUUGAUAAACAUGUAAAUCUCUCUUGUACAAGGUGACUUCUAUCAAUAUACUCGGCUCUAUUUACUCUGAUUCAAAAAUCCUAAUUAGCAUCAAAGUAGACACCAUGCAAAACUAUAAAUCCCUCCAAGCUCCUGCACGUCAUCUCUAACUGAUACCUUUGCUAACAGGGAAUGUGUCAAUUUUUAAACUUGCACAAGACAGUUCACAGAAUUUUCCAUUUAAAGAAAUGUAGCCUAUUUAUUAUUUACUACAUUUAGCUAACAUUAGAUAGUUAAU